GGUCCGGGUUGGUCAGUGUUGUCAGAGGGGCAGCAUGAGAUAUUUCUCUGCACGGAUCAUGCAAACAUGGGGAUAUUUGGAGGAAAAAUCGAUUUGACAACUCACUCAGGGAAAAGAGACAUGUGGCGGACUCUAACACUCUCACUGAUAGUUGCACUGGUUCUGGGCACAGAGCUGUCCCGGUCUGAGGAUGUGGGGUCCAUGGUGGCUGUCAAAAAGGCGGUGCAUGGGCAGCAGGAGAAUUUCAGCGACAUAUCCACUGUACUAGGAAAUUCCCGACACCAGAUUCUGGCUGCUCAGUUUGAGUGCUACCUGAAGAUAAUCAGCGAUCCACCACAUACAGAAGAAGGUACUUACUGUAAUCGUACGUGGGACGGCUGGCUGUGCUGGGGGGACUCCGCUCCUGGGACCGCAAUGCAGAUGUGUCCUGAGUACUUUCACGACUUUGACCCUGCUGAGAAGGUUACCAAAGUGUGUAAUCCUGACGGCCAGUGGUUCCAUCACCCAGAGAGCAACCGAAUCUGGACUAACUACACCCAGUGUCAGGCCUACACCAAAGACAAACUCAAGUUUGCCAUCAGCCUCUACUACCUGGCCAUGGUGGGUCAUGGUCUGUCUAUUGUCUCCCUGAUCAUCUGUGUCAUCAUCUUCUCCUACUUCAAGAGUCUUAGCUGCCAGAGAAUCUCCCUCCACAAGAACAUGUUUCUCUCCUUCAUCUUGAACUCCAUUGUUACUAUAAUGUGGCUCUCAGUCACUGUGGCCAAUAACCACACCAUAAAUGCCAGCAACCCUGUGAGCUGUAAGGUCCUGGCUGUGCUGACUCAGUAUACAUCUACUUCCAGUUACUUCUGGAUGCUGUGUGAAGGCAUCUACCUCCACACGCUCAUCAUAGUGGCUGUGUUUGUCGGGGAACAGCAGCUCUUCUGGUACUACGUCCUGGGAUGGGGUUUUCCUAUCGUUCCUGCCUUGACAUAUGCUGUGGCUCGCGGGCUCUUCUUUAACGACAAAUGUUGGAUCAGCUCAAACACUCACCUGGUCUACAUCAUCCAUGGGCCCAUUCAAGCUGCUCUGGUUGUGAACUUAAUCUUUCUCCUGAACAUCGUCCGCGUUCUGAUCACCAAGUUGAAGGAAACCCACUGUGCCGAGUCCACGGCCUACAUGAAGGCAGUGAGAGCCACCCUCAUCCUCAUCCCUCUGCUGGGGGUCCAGUACAUCCUCUUCCCCUGGAGGCCGGAGGGACGCAUCAGCCGUGCCAUAUAUGAUUUCUUUGUAAAUAUCUUCUGCCACUUCCAGGGACUCCUGGUGGCAAUUAUAUUCUGUUUCUGCAAUGCUGAGGCCCAGGCAGCACUGCGGAGGAAAUGGGCUCAGCGGAAGUUCACCUGGGGUAAAACCGGCUGGGGAGAAACACCCAUCUCCAGCAACCUCUUUAACUACCACACCAACUCCUCCAUCACCGAAACUAGCCGCGCAACCAUCAACUUGGAGCAGCCCGCUGCUGCGCCUUCUGAACUAAACAACCACUCCCUGUCCAAGUUGCAGCGGAAAGCCAACGGGCAGCAAAACAAUACUUGCAGCAAUGGGGAGGCGGACAUGCUCAACAAGCUGGAGACCACUGACAUCUGACUGGAUAAAGCACGGAGGGGACACAGAAGGACUGAGGCUUCAGGAAACAGAGAGGUUACAGGUAUAUGUUUAUAAUAAAGGCUAACAGGAUGGGCGUGUAUCUAUGUAAAUAGUAGCUGAAGAGCACUUAAAAGGCAGGUGGUGUUCACACAUAUACACACAUUUUUACAGCAACAUCUCCAGUUUUUGGAUUUGCAAGAACUGAUGAGAAAAUUAAUUUUAUGUCAUCCUGUAAUCCUAGUAUCAUAAUGUUUUUUGUCCUAGUUUUUAUAUUUCCUGUCAGAAUGGAGAAAGGGGCAAAUCCCGAACCUGACAUCUUGAUAUCACAGACGCAGAACUCUAUGUUUGUGUAAUCUGUUGCCUUAUGAAUCCUGUGCUCUACCCGUACACCACUGUGACCAAUGAAUGUCAUAGCCCACUGAUGUGAUCACACAUAUUUUACUUUUUCUACAUGCUUUUAUCUAAGAAGGAUAAUCAUACUCUAGCCCAUGGAAAGCCAGUAUCCCCAUUUUGGCUUAGCGCACCAAGAGAAUCAUUGUGUUAACAGGGUGAAACACAACAAAAGCAGCAUAAUAAUAGUUCACAUUUUGAUUCAGAUUUCCUGUUGAAAUGUAACAGACAGAUGU